AUUUCUUCUAUAAAUAACUCUUGCAAGAAUAGCACAAGAGAUUCAGACAUUGUUUUAUUUUAUUAUUAUUAUUUUUUGGAGAUUUUAAGAAAACAAAAAUCUCUCAACAGGAAAAGGUGGAGGCCACCCUUUUUCAAUCGCUAACGUCCCCACGUUCUUCGCUCUCUCUCACGUUUGGUCCCUAACCCAAAGCUCCCAUUUUUGUGCCACUCUUUUUGGUUUCCUUUCUUUCCUUCUUCUUCUUCUACUCUUUCCUUCAAUUCAUUUCUUGUCUCUAUUCCUCUGAUUUUGCGGUAUUGAGACCCCAUAUCUUGUUGGUUGAGAUCUUUAUCUGUGAAGAUAUUUUGAAAAAAUGGGAGUAACAUUUUCAUGUCCUCUUAGUGAUCUCGAUGACCUGGAAAGACGUUUUGAAGCUGUCAUUGUAAAAUCAAUCAGUUUCAAGGAUGGGGAUGAGAAGAAAGUGUUGCGAUCUGUCAGUUUCAAUGGCCGUGUUUCGGAGCCGAAAGGAAUGGAACCAUAUGAUACUAGGAAGAAAAAAUCUUUAAGCUUUAACAAGCGGGAAACAGGGACCAUACCCUCAUACAGGACUCCUAGCAUGGAUAAGGAAAAUAAGGUGUCUGUUAGACCAGAGAGCUGUAAGAAUGUGAAUAACAAUAACAUAUUGCAGAGAUCAAUCAACAUGUCUGAGAAAAAGUCCCGUUCAGACUUUGCAAAGCUGGGAGGGCGACGAUAUCAGGCUGCAUUAAAGUUGCAAAAGGUGUACAAGAGUUUCCGGACCAGGAGGCGGCUAGCAGAUUGUGCAGUUAUUGCUGAGCAGAGAUGGUGGAAGCUGUUAGAUUUUGUUGAACUCAAGCGAAGCUCUAUAUCAUUCUUUGAAAUAGAAAAACCAGAGACUGCCAUUUCACGAUGGUCUAGAGCGAGAACAAGAGCUGCCAAGGUUGGAAAAGGUUUAUCUAAGGAUGAAAAAGCUCGAAAGCUUGCUUUGCAGCACUGGCUUGAGGCGAUUGAUCCUAGGCAUCGUUAUGGCCAUAAUCUCCAAUUUUAUUAUGCCAAAUGGCUUCACUGUGACAGUAAACAGCCCUUUUUCUAUUGGCUUGAUAUCGGAGAAGGGAAAGAAGUCAAUCUUGAAAAGUGCCCUCGAGCAAAGCUUCAACAGCAGUGCAUCAAGUAUCUUGGUCCUACCGAAAGGGAGAAUUUUGAAGUAGUAGUAAGGAAUGGGAAAUUUUUCUACAAGCAGAGCGGGGAACUUCUUGAUACCACUGGAGAACGAACAGAUGCCAAGUGGAUUUUUGUUCUUAGUGCAUCUAAGACUUUGUAUGUUGGACAGAAGAACAAGGGCAAUUUUCAGCACUCUAGUUUUUUGGCUGGUGGAGCAACAUUGUCUGCAGGAAGAUUGGUUGUGGAAGACGGUGUUUUGAAGGCGGUUUGGCCUCACAGUGGACACUACCUCCCAACAGAAGAGAAUUUCCAGGAGUUCAUGUCAUUUCUCCGGGAACACUAUGUUGACCUCACAAAUGUAAAGAAAAGCUCUUCUGAAGAGGAAGAACCCAUCAGCAGAAAGAACAGUAUCUUCCGAAGCAAUGAACCAGAAGCAGAAGGAUUGCAGCAGACAGAGGCAACAAACAGUGAAAACUCAGCUCAGGAGAACACCGGUUCAAGAAAGGAAGAUUCUGAUGCUGCCCAAAAUGCCAACAAAUCCAUGUCAAGAUUAUCUCGAGGAUUAUUCUCAAAAAUAAGUAGACUUCAAAUACCUGCAAGACAGGAUGUGUUUGACAUCUUUAAGACAGAAACGUUGCCACCAAGUUGCCGCCGUGAACGUCCAGAAUCCCCUGAAGAAGAUGGUUAUGAAACAGCAGAAGAAUUUUUAUCCGAGGAAGAUUUUCUGUUCACUAAGGUCAAUUUGUUUGGUGAAGAUGAUGAUGAGGAAGACCAUAAACCCAUUCCCAAGGAAAAAAUAAUGAGAAGGAUAGACUCCCAUAAAGGAUUGAAGUCAUAUCAACUAGCUCAACAAUUAUCCUCCAAGUGGUCUACAGGGGCUGGGCCACGGAUAAGCUGCAUGAGGGAUUAUCCUUCUGAACUUCAGUUCCGGGUUUUAGAGCAAGCAAACUUGACACCAAGAGCAAGAAGUGCCAGUGCAUCUCCUCUGACAACAUCACGUUUUAGCCCCAUUGUCUUGACUCCAACUUCAUUACGUAAGGAAACAAGUUCAUCUAAAAGUCCGCUUGGACCCAAAGCAAGUGAUAGAAAAGAAAAAAGCAAAAGCCUAGUCGAUUUUUAGAUGAAACUGUGAUUCUGGCAUGUUGUUGUUAGAGAAUAAGAUAUAGGAUUCUUUUCUGUUUUUUUGAGCCUUUCUUUUACACAUUCUUUUCCUUUUUCAUGCACUCAUAUGGUGAAAAUGAAGAGAUAAAUUGAAAGUGCUAUUAGGUUUGUCUGCCACUGAGUUUUGAAAACAGAAGCUCUCAAAAGGAGAUUUGUUAAUCAUGCAAGAGAUGAGAUCGUUCUAAAGCAUAUCUGUAACAUGAUUUUAGUGAAUACCGCUUUUCAAAUCAUGUUUG